AUGAACAUAACAAGAAAGUUGUCCCCAGAAACUAAGAGCUCCAUGAACAAGGUGAACAAGGAAAGGACGGGUAUAAGCAUCGAAACCGUCAAGGUAUCGAACAGGAACCCCCAAGUAACCUGUAAGUUCUCGGAGUCUACCCAACUACCUAAUGUUACUGAAACAGGAGAACCAGCUAGAGCAACCUCAUAUAAACAAAGGAGUGCCCCAGCCGUGCUCACCACCAUAGCUAAACAGCUAAUUAAAUGGGAACCCGAUGACCCUACCUUUCUCCCGAGUACCCCAGAUGCAAUGGAAGCUAGAAGAGGUAAUGCGAUAAUGGCUAGGAAGGAAGAAGAGAAAACUCUGAGAGUAUCUAAUACUAGAGCCCCAUCCAACGCUCUAGACCCCGUCCUAGACAUCUACUAG